AAUUGCGACGAAGAAGAAAAAAAUCUACUGAGUUCUUGUGUCGCCUUUAGUCGUUUGUCUUCGUUGUGUUGGUUGUAGUCGUCGUCGUCAUUUCAAUUGAAGCAAAAAUAGUCAUACUGUGAGCGACGCAUUCAGUUUUAGAUUCCUUACAUUAUAAUCUCUCUAAGCGCGAACUGUAUUCAAACAAAUAAAAGUUGUGGGCAAGCGUUUACCCAUUACACAAAGUAACAAACUUUUAAAUUUCUAAGUUAAAGCAAAAACAAAAAACACAUCAAAAUGUCGACAGUCGAUAAAGAGGAAUUGGUCCAAAAGGCAAAAUUGGCCGAACAAUCCGAAAGAUACGAUGACAUGGCUCAAGCUAUGAAAUCAGUCACAGAAACCGGUGUUGAACUGUCAAAUGAAGAAAGAAAUUUGCUAUCAGUUGCUUACAAAAAUGUUGUUGGUGCCCGCAGAUCAUCAUGGAGAGUAAUUUCCUCCAUUGAGCAGAAAACCGAAGCCUCCGCCAGAAAACAACAACUCGCCCGCGAGUACAGAGAACGCGUGGAGAAGGAACUUAGGGAAAUCUGUUAUGAAGUUUUGGGUCUUCUUGACAAAUACCUUAUUCCUAAAGCUAGCAAUCCAGAAAGUAAGGUUUUCUAUCUGAAAAUGAAGGGAGAUUAUUACAGGUAUUUAGCUGAAGUAGCCACAGGAGAUGCCCGCAACACCGUUGUUGACGACUCCCAAACCGCAUACCAGGAUGCAUUUGAAAUUAGCAAGGGUAAAAUGCAACCAACACAUCCCAUCAGAUUGGGUCUUGCACUUAAUUUCUCAGUCUUCUACUAUGAGAUUCUGAAUUCUCCAGACAAAGCUUGCCAAUUGGCCAAACAGGCAUUCGAUGAUGCGAUAGCUGAACUGGAUACCCUCAACGAGGAUUCAUACAAGGACUCAACACUCAUCAUGCAAUUGUUGAGAGACAACCUUACCCUCUGGACAUCGGACACCCAGGGUGAUGGCGAUGAACCACAAGAAGGUGGUGACAACUAACAACCAAACUAAAUUGUUUCCUUUUUAAAAUGACUAUGAAGAAAAACCAACAACAACAACAAAAUUAAAUAUUUUUAAACAAGAGAAGAAAAUCCAAAACACAUAAACAAAAAAUAAAUU